AUGGCUUCCAAAGACAAAGACUUGUCUCUGGUAGACUAUCGUCAGCGCCUGAUCUAUUUCAAAGACGCCGAUGCAGAGAGAAAUAAAAGCGAACGAGGCCAACGGCGCAUACUUCAGAGCCGUGUCGAAGAUCUAGAAGCCUUGACUGUGAGUCGAUCUGGACGAUUCAAAGGGGGUCCAGCUAAUCGCGAACCAUUUUUGAAAAGUCCAGGAUUCAUCUUGGUGUUGAUAGAUGCCGACGCAGAUGACUACGCUUUUCACGAGAAAUUCUUGAGCAGAAAUGAGGCAGGCGGCAGAGAUGCUGCGGAUGAACUGCAAGCUAGAACCAAAGACUAUGUGAAGAAUAUCAAGCUUGAUGCCGAAAACACCGACAUCACAGUCCGAGCAUACGCGGAUUUGAAGAGCCUCAGAUCAGCUUGUGUGAGGAACGGAAGGAUGAAAGAGAGCUCCAGCAUGAGUUUAUUUGCUCAUGGGCUCAACUAG